CCCAGUUCUGCGUAUCACCCUCUGCUGGUGAUCGAGGGAGCGAAUAAUUCUCCACACAAGUGACUCCCAGUGCAGAAGAUGGCGGAAGGCGAACUGAACGUAGAUAGCCUCAUCUCUCGGCUUUUGGAAGUGCGGGGAUGUCGUCCUGGGAAGAUCGUGCAGAUGUCGGAGGCGGAGGUGCGGGGGCUGUGCAUCAAGUCCCGCGAGAUCUUCCUCAGCCAGCCCAUCCUGCUGGAGCUGGAGGCUCCGCUCAAGAUCUGCGGUGACAUCCACGGGCAGUACACGGACCUGCUGCGGCUCUUCGAGUACGGCGGCUUCCCCCCCGAAGCCAACUACCUGUUCCUGGGCGACUACGUGGACCGAGGCAAGCAGAGCCUGGAGACCAUCUGCCUGCUGCUGGCCUACAAGAUCAAGUACCCCGAGAACUUCUUCCUGCUGCGCGGCAACCACGAGUGCGCCUCCAUCAACAGGAUAUACGGCUUCUACGACGAGUGUAAGCGCAGGUUCAACAUCAAACUGUGGAAAACCUUCACCGACUGCUUCAACUGCCUGCCCAUCGCCGCCAUCAUCGACGAGAAGAUCUUCUGCUGCCACGGAGGUCUGUCUCCUGAUCUGCAGUCGAUGGAACAAAUCCGCCGAAUCAUGAGGCCAACUGAUGUCCCUGAUACAGGUCUGCUGUGUGACCUGCUGUGGUCAGACCCAGAUAAGGACGUGCAGGGCUGGGGGGAGAACGACCGGGGCGUGUCCUUCACCUUCGGGGCCGACGUGGUCAGCAAGUUCCUAAACCGCCACGACCUGGACCUCAUCUGCAGAGCGCAUCAGGUUGUGGAGGACGGGUACGAGUUCUUCGCCAAACGGCAGCUGGUGACGCUCUUCUCGGCCCCUAACUACUGCGGGGAGUUUGACAACGCCGGGGGCAUGAUGAGUGUGGACGAGUCCCUAAUGUGCUCCUUCCAGAUCCUGAAGCCGUCGGAAAAGAAGGCCAAGUACCAGUACGGGGGAGUGAAUUCGGGGCGCCCCGUCACCCCGCCUCGCACCGCCCAAGCCCCCAAAAAGAGGUGAGCGGUCAGCACUGCCCCGCUGGCCCUCACCCGAAUCCCCCUCACUGCACCCCAGUAACCCUCCCCCCCCGUCCUCUGCCUCUUGGGAGCAACCCGGGGCUCCCUCUUCCACACUGACCGUUCUCUUUCUGGUAUACGUGUAUAUACAUUUUGCUGUGACCAAUCAAUAUCUCUCUUUCGUUUUUGCUUUUUUUUUUUUUGUCUGUAUUUUUAAAAUAUAAAUAUUCUUGUGUCUUCUGAUGCCGUGAGGUGUUUUUCAGCUCCCGCUACACGGAGAAGCAAUAUAAAACAAAACCGUUCGAGAAGGGCAACGUGUAUCAAAUACGAUUACGGGUGCCUGACUUGUAAAGAAAAAAAAAAAAAAAAAAGAUUUUGCUUUGGUCUGCGUAAAUGUGCGAAACUGUAUUGGUGUGAUUUCAAGCCGCUUCCCUGGUGGUCUGUGGACUGCGAGUUCCUCCCAGCAUUGAGCUUGGCUGCGCUGUCAGAACGUCUUUGGUCGAUCUACGUUAUGGACUAAAAUGCACUUCUGUUAAUCUGACCACGAUUGUGGCUUAGAUGCAAGACAUUGGGCACAAACUUGUUUGAUUGAAGGGAGAGUUUAGUGCAUUAAGUACACUGAAAUGAAGUGUGCUCGCAAACACACACACACACACACGCUCGUGUGGACCCGUACACGCAUUCACAUAUACAUGCACAGUGAGGACCACGCAGCCACACUUAAGUUAAAAGUGGAGGUGCGUAGAUCAAGUGACGAAAGGAAGCUUGAAUUGUUCUGGAGGAACUCCCAGUACACGGCCCCAGGAACACAGGAUGCAUUUAUGAUAAACGAGAGGUCAAAUUAGUGCACACUCUUCCAGUGCCUUUCACUGAGCUCCUUACCAAGCCCACGCGUCUCACGCCCUGCGGACCCCGCGCCGAGCGGUCCCGCUCGCCGUGCUGCCGACCGCGCGCACGCCGAACAACCCGCCACCGCUGCUAAAGGAGGGCGGAGCCUCUCGCCGGGGUCUCGGCAAGGAGAAGCAAGGCCCGCCGCUCUGGCAAACGCCAUUUCAGUACGCCCACCCCGGUCCAUGCCACACUUUAAAAAAAAAAAAUAUAUAUCUGCUCCCAUGUGAUAAACUGACAAGAACAUUUGAUCUUUGCCGUCACGGACUGCCGUCCCGUACUUCCACAGACCAGGGUACACAAGGCAUGCGGCUUCGACUGCCGUUGAAUGUAUUAGGAAAGCAGGGUUGGGAAUAUUGUUUUCUUUUCUUUUUUAAACCCCCCCCCCCCCCCCCCCCCCCCUUAUCAUUUUUAGAAUUGGGGUUUAGAUGAAGGACUGGGGACAGUUACCCCACAAGGAAGCUUGAUUCUUUUCUUUUUUUUGCGCAUAGACACCCUAAGGAACGGUACGACUUGACAAGUUAAAUAGCAGAAGGCUUUGCUGAAAGGGUGGUGCAGUGUUUUGCUUGGCAGUGGAGGCAGAUUGUCAAGUUUUCAAGCUACUUUCAGUCACACAGCAAAAAUGUUUUGUUCUGUGCCCUUCAUUCUAUCCCCAGUUGUGAUUUAAGGAUAUCCAAGGAGUGCGAGUGCUGAUCGAAAGUACUGGCAUUCCUUGCUACCGUGGAUCUGUUGCCCAGAGGGUAGACUCCUCUUCAAUUUUUCAGAAUAUGAUGCCUCGUUUUAGUUUGUCUUUCAUAUUUUGUAUGUUUUGAAGUUUAUAUUUAAGCUUUGUUAACUUUUUGUUAAUUUAUUUUCUCAUUCUGGGACACAAAAGUUACAAAACGCAGUUUUCACGAUUUGUACAAGGUACCGUUUCAAAACUCUUCGAAUUCAAUAAAUGUAACAAACUGCAAGGUAAA